GCAGUUGCCUCAGUUGCCCCAUGCUGCGCCUUGCGUCUCUCCUCACUGUGCUUCCGAUCGCCGCGGUCGAGACGGUGGGGUCGCUGACCCUAGAGGAAGCGGAGGAUUUGAAGGCGAAUCAGACGAGGCUAUGUGAUCGGCAACGGGUGGUGAAGGAUGUCCGAAUGUCUAGAAGAGCCCUGUGGCGUCGUGCGGAUACAGUUGCUGCUGGCUAUCCUCUGCAUUUACAGCAAUAUGUCAGGCUGUUGGCUCUGUCCUUGACUGGUUCACUGGAUCUCGCGCCAAAAUAUCCUUGGAUCAACUCCAAAAGAUUUUGUGGACUUGAUUGGCCAGUGGAAAGGGGCUUCACCAUGAGAGGUUUGGUGAGGUUGAAAAAUACGGCAGAAGUGCUCCUUUCGGUGGUGUCUGAGAAGAUUCCAGGCGAUUUUGUCGAAGUCGGCCUUUGGCGUGGAGGCGUCUCGAUUUUUGCAAAGGGCAUUCUGAAUGAGUUGGAAAGGAAAGGCUCAAGAUCCUUCCACUUAUUUGAUGUCUUCAAUGAGCAGAUUCCACUGGAGGAACCUGGAGCAAGAAAAUUCUAUGCAGAGACGCGACCCCGGCAUAUCGUGGAUUAUUUCAACAUGUUUGGAGUGGGCUAUCAAAGUUUGUACACUCACAAGGGUCUGCUCAACCAGUCCCUGCCGCAGUUUUAUCAGAAGCACAGCAAAUCUGGGAUGAGCAUCUCGGUCUUGUGCAUAGAUGUUAAAUGGUAUGAUGCAAACCAAGAUGCCUUGUACUAUCUCUACGGCUUUGUUCCCGUGGGUGGCUACGUUGUUUUCAGCUCUUACAAGGCGUCUCAGGGGGAGAGGGCCUGGGCCGACUUCAAAGCUGACCAAGGCUUGAGCGAAGAUGUGCUGUUGAGCGAUUCAGUGGGAGGAUACUUCAAGAAGACAAAUGAGCUCCAGAUCGACCAGAUCGACUUCAACAGGAUGCGAGCGCCAAGGGACUGCAACCUGUAAGGCCGAGAAGCAACGGUAGACAAAGCAGCUGCCGCGAAAUGUGAUCAGAACAGGGAAGAUGCGGAAAGAGAGAACGUGCUGUGCUUCAAGGAAAAUGAGUGAAGCCUUCGGCUUUAAGAAUGAACGUCCCAAUUUCAAAUUAAUUACAUACUGGAAUCAAACAUGCAUUUCCGAUUUUGACUAGAAUCGAGUACUGCCACCUGGGCUUUAAUGCGGGAUUCGGCUGUCCAAAAAUCGGGGGCCCCCAAAUCACUAGGAAAACAU